AAUUCAAAGUGAAAGCAGAUCUGUGAGAAAGACGGACACUGUAUUUCCUUUCAUUCCUGUGAAUAAUCUGGAUUUUUUGAGAGUUUGAAAGAUAAUUUGACAACUGUCACUAACUGUCACUGGCAUUUUUGAAAACUAUGUGAACAGACAUGUCCAUCAGCCACAUGAUCCUGGAGCAGCUGGAUGAACUUGUCCAGGAGGAGUUCAGCAGAUUUAAGUCGUUCUUGAAGAAGAACAUGGCACAGGGCUUCAGCCCAAUUCCCCGCUCCAGACUGGAGAAUGCUACACAACACAUGCUUGUUGAUGAGAUGGUGGAGCGAUAUGGACCACAGGAAGCCGCCAGAAUCACCGCACAGGUUCUGAGACAGAUGGGACACAAUGCAGUCGCUAACAACCUGGAAAAGCAACUGGCAGAAGCUUGUCCAGAAGUGAACAGGGCAUCUCCCUCUUCUUCCUCUAAGACUGCUGGAGUCUCACAAAACGUCUCCACUGCAGGGGAGAGCAACAUUUAUGCUCCUGUUCUGUCAGGAGGAAACUAUCACGGCCCGGUGAACAUUAGCUUCACCACCACACCAAAGACCUGAACAUGCUCCUGUUCCACAUGGGGGGUUUUACUUCAGGGAUUAGUGAAGGCCAGAGGCAGUAAUGUGUGUAAAGUGUAUUUGAGAUUAAUUGAAAGGUUUUUAUGAGGUUAUAUAUUGUUGCUCCCUUGACUAGAUUUAGAUGAUUUUCUCUCAGGCUCCUGAAGCACUGACUCCAGCUGCAGUCCACUCUUUGUGAAUCUCCACAAAUUCUUGAAUGGGCUUCGUUUCACCUUUUUGCUACCACAUUUUUCAUUCCGUUGAACUUUCCAUGAAUGUGCUUGGAUCCAGCAGUCUGUGAACAGCAGCUUCUUCACCGAUGAUCUUUUGUGUCUCACCCUCCAUGUGCAGGGUGUCAAUGAUCAUCUUCUGGACAACUGUCAAGUCAGCAGUCUUCCACCAUGAUUGUGGAGACUGAAUGAGACUGAGACGCCAUUUAAAGACUUAGAAAACCUGAGCAGGUGUUUGGAGUUAAUGAGAUGGUUAAAGUGAGACAUCAUAAGUCUCCAAUAUUCACUUUUUCACAAUUUUCUUAUUUUCUGAGAUACUGAAUUUUGGGUUUUUAUCAGCUGUGAGCCAAAAUCAUCAAAAUGAAAACAAAUAAACACUUGAAAUAUAUCAGUGUG